AGCUCAAGGCGUGGCUCGGAAUUGCAGUCUCUCACUUCUGCCCUGUCAUUUAAUCCAUUGGAAGGGGCCAUGAAGCUCAACAUUGCGAACCCCACGACGGGGAUGCAGAAGCUUAUCGAGGUUGACGAUGACAAGAAGCUGCUGCCCUUCUUCGACAAGCGUAUGUCCGUCGAGGUGGCGGGUGACUCCCUCGGCGACGAGUUCAAGGGCUACGUCUUCAAGAUCUCUGGUGGCAACGACAAGCAGGGCUUCCCGAUGAAGCAGGGCAUCCUCUGCAACCACCGCGUGCGCCUCCUGUUCAAGAAGGGUAUGUCCUGCUACCGCGAGCGCCGCGCGGGCUGCCGAAAGCGCAAGUCCGUCCGCGGCUGCGUGGUGGGACCCGACCUGGCCGUCCUGGCCCUCACGCUGGUGAAGAAGGGCGCUGAGGAGAUCCCGGGGCUCACCGACGACCAGAAGCCGCGCAGGCUGGGGCCCAAGCGCGCGGCCAACAUCCGCAAGCUGUUCAACCUGGAGAAGAAGGACAACGUGUGCAGCUUCGUCGUGCGCCGUGCGAUCGAACGUGGCGAGGGCAAGAAGCCCAAGUCGAAGGCCCCCCGCAUCCAGCGGCUGGUCACGCCCGCGAUGCUGCAGAGGAAGCGCUACUUCAAGGCCGCCACCCGCAAGAGGAUGGAGGCGGGCAAGGAGCUGAAGCAGCAGUACGCUAAGCGCCUCUCGGAGUACCAGAAGGAGAAGAAGGAGGCGCGCGCCGCCGAGGUCGCGAAGAAGAAGAAGGCCUGAGCGCCCGUGUGGCACGCUCACCCCCCUCGUCUCCCUCCCCGUCUCUUCUCCUUGGCAUCGCUCGGACGUGUGCAUUUUUCCUUCAGCGAGGGCCAUCGAGGAGCAUCCUUGAUCAUUUGGCGAAAAAGCCACGCACGAUACCGAA